AUGGCGACGGCAAAGAUCGCCACUCUGGCCAUCCGAACGCUUGCGAAACCCAUUGCUACGCAGCUCAAGAGUCAGGCUGCUCAACAUGAAUCGUUCAAAAAGAUCUGCAUCGCACUAGCCCAACAAAUGCAUCGUACAGAGAUGGCGCUACGAACGAAUUUGCUUCCGAAUGGCGUACAGCAAAAAGUGCGUCCUCUCAACGAUGCCAAAGCGAUAGCCAACGGUGCCAACGCCAUCUCCGAAGGGUUUCUCUUCUUUGUCGCUGCAGCUUUGAUCCUCGGAGAAACAUACAGAGGGUCUAGGAAAAAGGCGGAGCAACGAGAUCGGACGGAGGACUCGCUAAACCAGCUCAAGGAUCAGGUCGAGAACCUAGCGUCGGUGCUAGGGAUCGAUUUGGAAGAGCUGGAACGCUUGUCGGAGCAGAGCCGGGAUGAAGGUGGGGAUGUGGAGGGAUCGCGAGCUGGUGGAACAGGGUAUGGGAGAAGUGGAGAGGUGACGGAGGAAGCGGAUCCAUCACUGAUCGAAGCGCGCUUGAAAGUAUACAGGGAGAAGCAGGACGAGGAUCUGAAGAACAAACAGCUGCAAGCCGCGGUCUCGGUGUUGCUCAACCUGGCGCUGAAGAACCGCUGGGUGGUGGGUCCGGAAGCGUUGGAAUUGGAAAACAUCCUGGGCUCCCGACCAACGACCACAGCGGCACCAUCACCCACACCACUCGAAGAAAACCAAGCAGACACUGCAACGAGCUCGUCGACUUCGGGAUCUCCCACAACUGCGUCAGCACCAAUAUCCAACAACGACGAGGACUCUGCGCUUCGACCGUCCAUCAUCCAACAGGUAGCCCUGGAAAGGGCAAAAGCGUUAGCGAGAGAAAUACGGUCAGAAGCAGACGCAUCAUCACCACCUGCAGACGUUUCCCUGGCCAGCUUGUUGGCGCAGCACGGUCAAAGAGCAUCGACGUGA